AUGACGUCGUCGCCGCUCCCGCCCUGCGCCCGCGCGGCCGCCACCCCGCGCGGCGUCUUCGCGCUCACGUUCGGCAGCUACGCGCUCUUCCACGCGAGCCGCAAGAGCUUCUCGGCCAUCAAGGGCCAAAUGAGCGACGAGCAGUGGCUCCACAGCGCGUCGUCGUCGGCAUCGGCGGCCCGCGACCAACAGGCCGAGCUGUUGGGCCUCCUCGACACGCUGUUCAUGGGCUGCUACGCGCUCGGUCUGUUCCUGAGCGGCCGCGUGGGCGACGCGUACGACCUGCGGCGACUGCUGGCGGGCGGUAUGGCGGCCACUGCGCUGCUGCUGCUCGGGUUUGGCCUCGCGGCGCUGGCCGACGUGCACGCGCUGAGCUUCUACGCGCUCGUGUGGGCGCUCACGGGCUUUGUGCAGUCCUGUGGCUGGCCAGCGAACGUCGCGGUCAUGGGCAAGUGGUUCGGCCCAUCGGAGCGCGGCGCAGUGCUCGGCGUCUGGAGCGGCAACGCCUGCGUGGGCAACAUGGCGGGCACAGCGCUCGUGGCGCUGUUGUUUGCGCUCGCGCCGGCGACGGUGGCGUGGAAGCUCGCACUCGUGGUGGUGGCCGUGCUCGUGGCGCUGUAUGGACUGCUCGUGUACUGGCUGCUGUACCCGGACCCGCAGGACGUGCCGUAUUUUCCAGAGACGUUGAGUGAUGCAAAGCCAGAGAGGGCGUGGACGAUUGAAGAGGAGGAGGAGGAGGAGGAGGAGGAGGAGAAGAUGGAGGAGGAGGAGGAGGAGAAGAUGGAGAAGGGGGGCAUUGGGUUUCUUGAAGCGUGGUGCAUUCCAGGGGUGCUGCCGUACUCGUUGUCGUACGCGUGCUUGAAAGCUGUCAACUACACCUUGUUCUUCUGGAUCCCGUUCUACCUGACCGUGUCGCUGCACAUGGGAAACUCCGAGGCUGGGUCGUUCUCGAUGCUGUAUGAUGCCGGACAAAUCGUUGGUGGCUUUGUGGGUGGAAUGGCGUCCGACAAGAUGGGCGUGCGGUCUCCCGUUGUCGUGGUUAUGCUGCUGUUCUCGUGCAUCACGCUCUACUUCUUCGAUGGCGCUUCGUACGAGACGACUGCAAUAUUGUUGCUCGCAUCAGGGUUCAUGCUUGGUGGCCCGGCAAACCUGAUCAGCACCGCUAUUUCGGCUGAUCUAGGCACCCACGAGAGCAUUCGUGGCAAUACUGAGGCGUUAGCGACUGUCACUGGCAUCAUCGACGGAACGGGCAGUGUCGGUGCGGCUCUUGUGCAGUAUCUCGUGGGACACUUGGCCGGUUGCCACUACGAGCCGAAAGGGUGCGAUCCGAAAAGCGCUGACUGCGUACAGGUGUGUUCAUGGGGUCCAGUGUUUGUUUUGCUUGAGGUGGGCACUCUGUUGUCGUGUGUGUGUCUUGUGCAAUUGCUGUACCACGAGUUGGUGCUCCUUCGUAGCCGUCGCCGAUAG